CUUUUGCCAGUCGAAAAUUAUAUCAGUCGAUUAUUACACUACAAAGAGAUACAUUUACAGAAACGACACAACAGAAAAAAUGCCACCGUUAUCAGUUUGUUCAUAUAAUUCCAAAGAAAAUGUUUGCAUUUAAGACAUAAAUCUAAUAAUUUCAAUUGCCUGUAAAUAUCGACAAAUGUGAAAAUAGUUCAUUGAACAUUGGAUUGCACACCACUUUUCAAUUGAUUUUUCGUUGCAACUUAAAAAUAGUGUAAACAAUUUGAAUUUUAUAUAAAAUACAGCAGUUAUGUUUUCAUCAAUUGGGAGUCAAUUUCUGCGUUUGGUUGAUUUUACUGACGUAUCGGAACGUAGUCAAUUUCGACAUAAAGUUGAUUUCAAUGAGGUUCCAGAAAAUACGGUACAGAUUGGUAGUAAAUUCCUACGUUUGGUCGAUUUUAGUGACGAAUCUGAAUGUGAAAAUACUGUACAGAUAUAUGGCAUUCCGAAGGCUGUGAUAAGCGGCAUGGAUACUGAUGGCUCACCACUAUCUUCGCUAUGCAUGGUUCGGGCAGCUGAAUUGUUUCCGAAGCCAACGCUGGAAAAAGAGGAUGACGUAUUGCAAAUACCACUAACCGAAUUGGCUGGUGAAUCGGUAAAAUAUUUAGGACGCACAGACGACGGUGUAUUAGCAUUAUCAAAUUAUCGAAUCUUUUUAUCCAAAAAAUCUACGAACCCUGAGACAACAGUGUCAGUGCCUCUAGGACUCAUAGAAUCAGCUAUCACACAAAAUCUAUUUCAUUUGUUGAUUAGUUGCAAAGAUGCUAGUACAGUGAAAUGCUCAUUCGCCACAUCUGAACAAUGUUCCGAAUGGCAACGGCGAAUUACACUGUCGGUAGGCGUGCCCACAAGUCUUGAAUCAAUGUUUGCAUUUCCAUUUUAUGCCUGGGCGUCGGAACAUCCGCCCAGUACGGAUAAUGAGUGGUCUGGCCGACUAUUAAGAGCAUCGAGAAUUGACGAAGACUUCCGGAAGGAAGUUAAGCGUCUGGAGUUUGACUUGCAUGGCGCAUGGCGCAUUAGUCACGCCAAUGCCGAUUUUAAAUUGUGUCCAUCAUAUCCACGUUUGUUGUUGGUACCGGGUUGCAUAUCCGAAGAUACAUUGAAAAGUGUGGCGAGUUUUCGUAGCUCUCGACGAAUACCGGCUGUAGUGUGGCGACACAAAGCUUCUGGUGCUAUAAUUGCCCGAUGCAGUCAACCGGAAGUUGGCUGGUUGGGCUGGCGUAAUGCGAAUGACGAGCAGCUAUUAAAGGCUUUGGUAGAAGCUUGUGGUUACGACAGUGGCGAACCACAACGACGAAUCAACUUAAAAUCGAGUCAAUCGAGUGAUAGUGCACCGUCAAGCCCAGAAGGCAGUCAUGAGGAGGUUAUGGUGGACGAGUGUAAGGUAAUAAAUUUUCAGAAAAUCCUCAUAGUUGAUGCACGUUCCUAUACGUCAGCUGUUACAAAUCGGGCUCGUGGUGGCGGAUGUGAAUGUGCUGAAUAUUACCCUUGUUCGGAAAUUCAGUUUAUGAGUCUCGGCAACAUUCAUGUGAUUCGAAAGAGUUUCCAUGCACUCAGGCAGCUUUGUGCGUCACCGCCCGACAUACCAAAUUGGCUCAGUCUUCUGGAGCGUACGAUGUGGUUUCAACAUAUGUCAGGUUUGUUGGCAGCUUCAAUGACAGUUUGUCAUACAAUCGAACGACAAGGUCGACCGGUCCUUGUGCACUGUUCCGAUGGCUGGGAUCGCACACCACAGAUAGUCGCCACCGCUCAACUUUGUCUGGAUCCGCAUUAUCGCACAGUCGAGGGUUUCCGUGUGCUAGUCGAACGUGAGUGGCUCUCUUUUGGCCACAAAUUUGCCGAUCGCUGUGGUCACGGCCCCGGUGCAGACGAAACGAAUGAACGAUGUCCGGUGUUUCUGCAAUGGUUAGAUUGCGUUCAUCAGAUUCACAAACAAUUUCCGUGCAGUUUUGAAUUCAGUAUGGGCUACUUGAUAAAAUUGGCUCAGCAUUCACACUCGUGCAUAUUCGGCACAUUUUUAUGUAACACAGUCAAGGAACGCACAGAGAACUCCAUCUUCGAUCGAACAUUUUCGGUGUGGCCAUUUCUGUCGGCUCCAAUUUACAAAAAUCCAUUGUAUGUAGCAAAUAGGGAGCGAGUGUUAUGGCCCGCACACAACGUAAGAGAUCUGGCACUUUGGAGUGAAGUGUAUUUGGGCAGUCUGGGUACACCAAAUGCGUCCGACUAUCCGCCCAGUACGAAUGACGUUCAAGAAUCGAAAAGUCCAUUGAUCAAGACACGAUCGUACGGAGAUUUAAUGUCAAUCGGCGGGAACUACUUUGGACUACAGAGGCGAUCGAGUGAUCCGAAUAUGACAGCGGAAUCGCAUUUUAAAAUACAUUUACCAUCGGAUCCAUCCAUUGAAACAAUGUCUGACUGUGGUAUUCCAUCCGACCAAGCCAUUUCCAACUACUACAGCGAACUGAACCAUCUCACCCAAGAGCUGCAAGGUUCCACUACUGAUCUUGGUGUGGCCGUCGAUAAAAUCGGACUUAACGAAAAUGCACCUCACGAUUCCACAAAGACAUAUUAUGCAACCGACGAACAUCGUGCCGAACCGGGCGCUUUCUAUGAGGUGUCUAGUCCAUUUUACAAUAGUCGUAUGAACGAAAACAUCGAUCACAUUUCGCAAUAUGUGAGCGAUGUGCAUAAAGAAACUGUGUUACUGACUCAUAACGGACAACAAAGUGAUGCUAGCGCCGAUGAGACCGAUGGCGAUCGACUGAAUGGCGGUGAUUUUAGCAGUUUGAACAUGUUGCAUAGUGUUAAUUUGCAGAAUACAUCACAGAGUAACUCACCGACACCGACAACAGUGGCACAAAACCUAUGGCAUGGCAGCGUUGAAACCAGUACAGAUACGUUAGUCGAAAGCAGUACAUUAGUUCCUAUUGAGCAUUACACCUUGACAACCGAUAAUAUCGCAUCAUCUGCCUCAAAUUCAUCAGUAACACCAGCCGCAACAUCCAAUGGCCACUCCAAUAACCAUUGCGAUGACAUCGUUGACGACGUCAACUCGAACUUAGACUUAAAUAAUUCGAAAUUACAUAAACCAAAUAGUGAUUCGCGUAAUGUGAUCUUACCGGAAGUGCACGGUGUAAAGCCGAAAAGUUGGACCGGCAGCAAUCAAGUCAGUAUGGAUGAAAGUAUUUUAAUGCAACCGGAACAUCAACGGAUGGAAAUUUCAAACAAUGGACGGCAUGACAACCUACCGUCGAAUCCGGUACCCACGCAUCGACGCAGACGUAAUUCCUCAAACUCUAGACAAGAGACUAGUCCAAACAAAUUAGUUAAUGGAAGUAUAUCUCCCAGUGCCACUACGAAUUCGAGAUCUACGCCGGGUGCAAGGUCAUUGCCAUUGACACCGCCUGGCGUUUUGGAACGGCCAAAUGCAGCUAUAUCGUGUCCAGACGGACUCGCUCAUGCUCUCAGCGAACAAAACUUACGGCUACAGCAGAUUGUUUACGAACAUAAGGUACGAGAAGAAGCUUUACAGCGAGAAUUGUACGCAACACGUAUUGAGUUAUUGAAGAAAACGCAGAAUCAGUAUAACAAUCAGCAGCAGCAAUUGGUCGAUGAUCCGGAAGAUGUUGUGAGCGAUGAUUUUAAUUUUACACAUUCUGACUGUGGUUCUUCAGUAGGAAGAUGCUCAAUCAGUCCUCAACGUAAUGCUAGUUUUUUAUCGGUGACUUCUCUGCUGGAUAAUAUUGAAAAUUCAUCGGUAUGUUCUUGGGAAGCUGUUGAAGAUCGUAACAGUGCUCAGUCAUCGUCUGCCGGAAAUUUAGCCAGCAGCGUACUUUGGGUACCCGAUCACUGUGUGUCAAGGUGCACGGGUUGCCAGACCGAAUUCUGGUUGGGACGCCGAAAGCAUCAUUGCCGAUCGUGUGGACAAAUAUUCUGUGCCGAUUGCUCAGAGUUUUGGGCAGCAUUACCGGACGAGCGGCUUUAUCAGCCGGUUCGAGUGUGUGGUCCAUGUUACCACAGUGUGACAACAAAAAUUCAACUACAACAACAAAAUCGAAACAAUAAUCUCCAACAACAAGUGAAUCCGAUACUGGGUCAUCCGAGCACACAAACGCAAUCAACACAAAAUCAGUAUCAACCAAAUAACAGUACCUCAAUGGAGCCUUGCAAGCAUGCUGCCGUUAGUUCAACAAAUGACCGGGCACCGAUUAAGGCUACAACCGCUACAAAUUGAGAUUGAAAUUAGGACGAUUUUUAAGAGGGAAACUACGAUGAAUCCAUUCAGUCGUAUGUGUAACAUAGACGAUGAAUAAGAUAAUGAUACCAAAAUGAUGCAUAUAGAUGAUAUAGGAAAUACGAAUUGAAUAAUAAUUGUAGGCGGUAUAGCAGUGCAACAGAAAGGUAGGAAGCGAAAGAGAAGGAGAGAUAAAUGUUUUCACGUCUCUUUUGACAAUGUUUUAUUAUGAUUUGUGUUCAAUGAGUGCUCGUCUUAUUUGUGUUUGUAAAGCGAACAAAACAACCGCCCUAAAUAUAAUGUAAAAAUAAAAUUAAAAAAUGAAAAAAAACUAUAUUAUGACUCAUUUUAUUUAUGUACCUACUAUGUAUAACACAACAAAAACAAAAGAUUUAAAAAAAAACUCUAUCAAUCAUGUCAUAAUCAUGUUCGUCUUUACCCUACAAAUAUCUUACCUAUGUGUAACAUGAUUUCUAUGUCAAAACUAAAAGACGAAACCUCAGAGUUGAUGUGUAUAAUAAAAUAAAUAAUUAAUGAAAAGAAAAAUAACAAAACGGAAAAAAAAAAUAAGAAGAGAAAAUCAUUAAAAUGAAUAGCGUAUUAGUGUUAAAUAAUUUAAUAAAAUAUGCAAACCAUAAGCCAAGCUAAAGAAACAUGAAUAAAAAGUUACAAAAUAAGAGAAUGAAAAUUAUAUUGACAGAAAGUAAAAAAUGGAAAAGAAAUAAUUGCAAAAAAAAGCUUUGUAUAAAGAGUAAAUUACCGAGUUAAAAUUCACAGUAUAAAAUAUUCUAUCUAAAUUAUUAUUCGUUA